AACGGAUGCAAACCUAUUUAUAUUCCACACUUUAUUCUCACCUUUCCCACUCCGCCCCUUCUCUCCCAUUUCCCUCCGCCGUCUGCUCCCACAAUCUCUCCAUCGACACAUUUGAGGUCAUUUUUCACUGAAUCCACGCGCAACCCAUUUGAGGUCCAUCAAUUUCUGUAUCCAAACUUUAGCAAAUUUCCGAAAAACUCCGCUGAGGAAUGGCGAGCACCACGACCAGCAAUGUCUACAUCCACGUGAUCGAGGACGUCAUCAACAAGGUCCGCGAUGAGUUCAUCAACAACGGCGGCCCAGGAGAGAGCGUGCUCAACGAGCUUCAAGGAUUAUGGGAACUGAAGAUGAUGCAAGCUGGAGCAAUCUUGGGUCCCAUAGAUAGGUCAGCGAUGCAGAAGGGUGCGGCGGGUGGUCCAAUCACUCCUAAUCCCGUGCAUGACCUCAACGUACCCUAUGAGGGCACGGAGGAGUAUGAGACUCCCACUGCUGAUAUGCUCUUCCCUCCGACUCCUCUGCAAACCCCUAUGCAAACGCCGUUGCCAGGAACUGCACAGACGCCGUUGCCCGGGACAGCACAGACACCAUUGCCUGGAACAGCUCAAACUCCUCUCCCUGGAAGUGAUAGUGGUUCUUUGUACAAUAUUCCAACUGGUGGUACCCUAAUCACCCCUAAUGAGUAUACAUCUACUAAUGAAAACGGUGGUGUCCCUGAGGUAAAAGCUGGGACAGGACGACCUAGUGCUUUUAUGCAGCCACCUUCACCUUGGCUAAAUCAAAGGCCUUCUCUUGAUGUGAAUGUUGCAUAUGUGGAAGGUCGGGAAGAGGGUGAGAGGACAGCACCUAAUCAGCCAGCAACUCAGGAAUUCUUUAUGCCUUUUGGAAAGCGAAAACGAGAUGAUGUCCCUCCACAAUACCAUGCUGGUGGGUACAUUCCCCAGCAAGAUGGAGCUGGGGACAUUUUGCCAAAUGAAUUGAAGGCGACCCAAGGGGACGAUCAGCAUAUGUUUGGUCAAGCAGGGAUACUGUCUUCUAGAAUACCUCAGUUGGAUGGUCCAAUACCUGAUCCAUAUGAUGAUGUGCUUUCAACACCCAAUAUAUACAAUUAUCAAGGAGUUGUCAACGAAGAUUACAAUAUAGUUAACACGCCUGUGCCAAAUGAGAUGAUAGCAGCAACUCCAGCUCCUGUACAGAAUGAAAUUGUGGAUGAUGAUGAAGAUGAACCCUUGAAUGAAAAUGAUGAUGAUGAUUUGGAUGAUGGAGACCAAGGCGAAGAUCUGAACACGUCACAUUUGGUUCUGGCUCAGUUUGAUAAGGUGACAAGAACCAAGAGCAGGUGGAAGUGCACAUUGAAGGAUGGCAUUAUGCACAUAAAUAACAAAGACAUUCUGUUCAACAAGGCAACUGGAGAAUUUGACUUCUGAGUUUAUUGAGGAAAUGCAUGGUGUCUUUGCUUGGUUCAGAUGAAAGCCGGAGUUAUUUCUUGUCUUGUCAGUUUCUUUGGUCUCUCUAAUAAGAACUCGAGAAAAUGGUAUCGUUUGUGAUGGCCGGAUGUACAUACAGAGUUUUGGUUCCCUUAUUUUUAUGUUUUGAGUUUAAAGCUUGACGAAUUUGGUACUUAGCAUUUCAAUUACAGCAACCUUUGAACUGUCUUGGUACUGAUUGCCAAAAUUACUUCUCUAUUGCUUGAAUAUACUAGCACUUGAUUGUUUUAUCAUAUGCAUCGGUUACCAUAUUUUGUGGCCUUCACUCC